AUGUCAGCACCAGAAGUGGUGUCAGGGGAGGUUUGCCCCAGGCGUUUUGGCCUGAACUAUGACCCACCGGCGAUUAUCCUGGAGUAUUUGGAGGUGAGCACCGGAAAGCUCUUUCACCGAAAGGUGGCAUUGAAGAGGCUUCGGAGUAGCACCGAUCCUGCGCGCGUCGCGGAAAAGUUGCGCCAGGUCAACCGUCCCCUGCUCACCGAGGACAGCGGCGUUGCCUUCGAACAGAUCGUUUCGCUGGUCAAAAAGUUGCAAGAUUCCAUGCACCAGAAAAGCAGCACGGCGUCGGCGGAAACGAAAGUGCCUGACGAGAUUGAUUAUCACGAGGCCAAUCUGAACAAGCUUAGCGACAACGAGCUUGCGAGACACAAGGCCAAGAUGAAUACAAGUUUUUUGGCGAAUCAGAUGAAGCCCGGAGAUAAUGGUUUCGUCUACGAUAUGCGUGUGGAUUUUCCGGACGCCGACCAGUCCUGUGGUUGGGAUUCCGAGGAGGAUUGA